AUGUCGGCCCCUUCCGGCCACCAUCACCCUCUUCUAUGCCUCGCCGAUUCGUGGUCCACCCAACCCUGUUCAUCUACCGACUAUCUCGCGGAUCAGGGCAAUGAUGGCAUAUUUUCCUCGGCUUCCUCUUGCCAACCUCCGGCCCGUUGGCCACAGGCGUCGACGCCGAGGCGUAGCUUGGCGACGUCGUUGAUACGGCCCGGCAACCCGAAGAUGCACUCACCCCCGUUGGCGCAGAAAACCCUCCCGAACUCCUUGCUGACGCCGCUCCAGCGGACGCCGAACAACAACGAGAACAUGUCGCCGUCGUCGAUGAUCGUCACCCCAUCCCCGAAUCGGUUGAAACGACAACGGCAAGCUGCUGGACUGUUGACGACGUUUCCGGAGAUGAGCUAUGGGUCGUCGGGGAUAGAGCCCUGGAAAGAUGAUGAUCCUUCCCUCCUUGACGACAUCGAAGCUCCAAUGGAACGUCCGCGUGAAGAUUUGAUGAUCUCCGGCGGCUCGAUGACCCCUCAGCACCUAACUCCCCUCAAAUCCGCCAGCUCCUACGACAUUAAGUUGGAGACGCCCUCAAAAUUGUUCCCUGGUGAUGAACAGUUUGACAGCGACUUCUUGUCGUUGUCGAUGGACACGAGCGGGUGCUUCAGCUCGUUCGCCUCGUUGUCGUCGAUCCACCGGAUUCCGGAGAUGUCGACUGGGCCCCUGGAGACAAGCGUCUACAACGAGUCGCCCACCCGAAGCGUCAACCGCCAUCAUCAGCUGCUGUUCAGCCCCGACCAGAAGCCGCCGGUGCAGAUCAAGAGGGCACGGAGGAGUCUGCCGGUGCUGCACAACCCGGCCCUCGAUGAAGCCCUCGCCAACCCACACCCCCUACACCGGAUCCCGGUGCUCUACAAGGCCGAACCUGUUGACGACCCCUCAAUCGGCGUCUUCAACGAGGAGAGCCGCGACUCGACGUCUAGCAGAAUCGGCGUCCGAGAUGAGAACGAGCCCCCGGGCGGCCGGAAGGACUUCAGCACACCGAAGAAGCCGCUGAAGCCGUUCGCCCGACGCUGGCUGAAAAUCGUGUGCGGCACCACGGGCGCGCAGCGCGAAGUCACCCGGCUGGCCCACGAUUUCUACAAGCGAUUCGCCGCCGAGCAGCCCACCCAAGAAGCA